GACACACCUUGCUGGGGCUACUGCUGCAGUCGCCUUUCAGACUUGCCUUCAGCAGGCGCGCCAGAGCCUUCUCCGGUGGCCGUGGACGCGCCGGCGCCGGGCCCGCUGGAUUCUGGCACGCAGGUGAGCCUGCCGGCAGAGUCCACCGAGCCCUCCUCGCAAGAGGGCACUCGGGAGCACGACAGGGAGCCUGCCGUGCUAGAGGUGGCCCCCGGCGUGCUCUGCAGCUGCGAGCGCGAGGAGUGCUCGGACGAACCUGAAGGCGGCACCACGCCCUGCUGGUCCUUCUGCUGCGGCGGCGCGGGGGCCAGCUGGCGGCCCGACCCGCCCGAGAGGCCUUCAGCAGCCGCCUCCGGCGCCACCGCCACUGGCGACGCGGAUGCGCAGGCGGUGGGCUCCUCCACGCAGGCCGAGGGCGCCCUGCCCUGCGCGGAGGAGGCUCGCCGCGGCGCGCAUGCUGCACCUGCGAGUGCCGACCAGGAGGCCCGCCACGGCGCACGGCGGGGCGGCAGGCCGACCCAUCGCCGCGGCGCUGGCGGGAACGGCAAGCUCCCCGCCGGCCGCGACGGCCACGGCAGCGCGCAGGCGUUGCCCAACUGUGGCCCCACGGCCAGCGGCGGUGCUGGAGACGGUGGCGGCGCUGGGCUCGGGGCGCCCCGAGUUCGCCGAGGUGCUGGUGCUGGCGGCGCCCACUCUGGUGGCGGCGCUGGUGGCGGCGGCGCUUACGCAGGCAGUGCGACAGACGGACCGCUUGGCGAAUGGGCUGGUGGUGAGGCUGAGACCAGCGGUGCUGGUGCCACUGGUGGCGUUGCCAGCGCUGGCAGGGGCAGCGGCGGCGUCGCCGGCGGUGCCGGCGGGGCUGGCGGCGUGGCCAGCACCGGCAGGGGCAGCGGCGGCGUCGCCGGCGGCGCUGGAGGGGCUGGCGGCGAUCGGGCCAGCGGCGGCGGAGCCGGCGGCGGAGCCGGCGGCGGCGGGGCUGGCACGGACGGCGGCGGCGGCGGCGGCGGCAGAGCCGGCGGCGGCGCUGCCGGCGGCGGGGCCAGCGGCUGGGCUGGGCGGCGGGCGGCGGCGGGCCGGCGCGGGGCCGGCGGCGUGGCGGGGGCGGCGGCGGGGCCGGCGGCGGGGCCGGCGGCGGCGGGGCCGGCGGCGGCGGGCCGGCGGCGGCGGGGCCGGCGGCGGCGGGGCCGGCGGCGGCGGGGCCGGCGGCGGCGGGGCCGGCGGCGGCGGGGCCGGCGGCGGCGGGGCCGGCGGCGAUGGGGCCGGCAGCGGGACAGGCGGCGGCGGGACAGGCGGCGGCGGGGCCAGCGGCGGCGGGACAGCGGCGGAGGGGCCAACGGCGGCGGGGUGGACGGCACGGCUAGUGUCGGCGGAGAUGCGGGUGGCGUGGCUGAUGGCGGCGGAGCUGGCGAAGCUGGCGGGGCUGGCGGUGGGGCGGCGAGUGUCACAGGUGGAGCCGGGGUCAGUGCUAGUGGUGGACUCGGGGCAGGGGGUGUAGGUGGUGGAGCCAGCAGCGCCGAGGUCGGUGGAGGCGGCGGCGGCGGGGCCAGCGGCGUAGCCGCCAGCGGAGGCGGCGGUGCUGGCGGGGCGAGUCGCGAGCCGCUCUGGGACGGCUGGGGUGCCGGUGCAAGCCCGAGGCCGUCCAGCGCGCCGUUCUUCAACACGUCCGCUUGGCCCGAAGGCGUACGCUAUUGUUUCUCUCGCGACGCCCCGGAGCACGCCGUGGAGGCCGUGAGGAAUGCCACUGGCAUGCUCUCCAAGAUGAUACCCUGCCUCGUUUUCCACGAGCUGCCGCGGUCGGAGCACGGCAACGACGACUUCGUCCGCCGCCCGGGGCCGCACUGCGGGCAGACUCCAUCGCUGUUCAUUUCAACCCGCUGUCAUCCUCCACACGAUUGCAGCUGUGGCCCUCCAGCGGAGCAACUUCCUCCUGAUGGUCGCGGUCCAGUGGAUGUUCCGCUCGAGCCUCGCUCAGGCGAGCGCCUACUGAACCUCGGCGACCCGUCGUGCCUCCACCUCGAGCUACUGAUGCACGAGCUCGGCCAUGCGCUCGCGUCCCCCGCCGUGAACAACACCGCGCUGGCGCCUAACACUGUCGAGCGCGACGCCGGCGGGAGCCACGGCCCAGCAGAGGCCCUCAAUAUGGACGUGCUGCGCGAGAGCUUCGACCUGGAGGGCGGGGCCACCAGUCCGGCGAGGCCAAUCCGCGACGUGGCGAGCGCGCUGCCGCGGCUGCUGACCUCGCCCGGCAUCUCCGUGUCCGACCAGCUCUGGGCGUGGGCGCUCAGCCGCCGAGGCAAGAGCACCAUCGACGUCACGCAGCUCGUGCAGAUCCACCAGAACGCGGCCAGGCCGGGCGCGGAGCAGCACUACCUGAGGCUGGGCGGCGAGAGGUGCCUUGACACGCCCCUGGUCGGUGCGGACCUGUGCACGCAGCUGAGCGACAGCGACUGCGAAGCCGCGGACGGGCCACGCAUUCCUGCGGUGCUGCGUGUGCGGGGGUGGCCUGCGCAUCGACUGCCCAGAGCCGCCAGAGGAGAACUUCUCCGACCUCGCCGCUCCAGAGGCCGAGGCCGCCGACCUCAGGAGGAUUGCUCGACGCUACGAGACGUUGGAAGGGAACGAGGCCCCCCUCGGCGUCCAGGUGGAUGCGCUCCUGUUGCCGGCGGCUCUCGCCACCUGCGUCGUCGGCUUGGGCGCCGCCGCGGUGGUGCGCGGAGGUCGCCGUCCAGGUGGCCGGCGCCCUUCCUCGACGCGCUCGAGGGUUCGCCCGCGUUCGGCGAGGGCUACUUCGGCAGGCGAGGGCAGUUCGACCAGCCCCAGCCGCGGAGCGUCACCAAUUGCGAAGGGCAGCGGGGCGGGCCCGCGGGCGAAGGGGCAGGCGAAGGCCCGAAGCCCCCCCCCACGCCGGCCCCCAUGGGCGGCGGGCGCGGCUCCGCCGCGCGCGCGCCGCUGGCGCCGGCGGAGAGGCACCCGGGCAAGGCCCCCGCGCCGCCGGCCGCCGCGCGCGCAGGGGAGCCCCCGCGCCGCAGGGGCGGCGGCGGUGGGAGGGCCUCGCCCGCGCGGCGGGAGCGCAAGCGGCAGGCGCUCGUGGGCCCUGGGCCGGUGGAGGCGAGGGCAGCAACUUCCCCUGGGGAGGCGGUCGUCGCGAUCGCCGCCGCGUGCGGCCCGGAGGUGGCGCCUGGGCCCGAUCUCGCAGCGCCCGCGGAGUGCUCAAAGCUGGCGGCCCGCGCGGGGCCGCCAGUUGCUGCCUACAAGGACGUCGAGUUCGAGGAGGGGGGCGACGGGGAGGUUGCCGAGGCGGUAGAGAGGGGCGAGGUUCUGAGGAUGGCGCUAGACAUUCGUGGGUGCCGGCUGCUGCAGAACGCGAUCGAACUGUCUAGUCAGGAGGUGCAGCUGUCGAUCACCCGUCAGCUCCAGGGGCACGUGAAGGAGGUGUUGGAGUCCCCCCAUGCCAAUCACGUCCUGCAGAGGGCGAUCGAGUUCAUGCGUCCCUCGUCCGUGAGCUUCGUUCUGGAGGAGCUCAACGAGUGUGGUCCAGCAGCCGACCUGGCCCGGCACCGGUAUGGUUGCCGCAUCAUGGAGAGGCUCAUCGAGCACUUCCCGCUGGGGCACCUCGAACCGCUCAUAACCGACAUGCUCAACGAGACGUGGGACUUGAGCAAGCACCCCUUUGGGAACUUCGUGGUGCAGCACCUGCUGGAGCACGGGACGCAGGACCACAGGCGGCUGAUCGUCGAUUGCUUGUUGAAGGAACUGGUCAAUGUGUGCCCCCACCAACACGCCGUCAACGUCUUGGACAAGGCGCUCAGCUACGGCGCCCUGGGCGACCAGCGCGCCCUCGCGGAGGGGGUGCUGCGCAGGCCCGGGCUGCUGCUGCAGCUCUCGAGCAGCCGCGCCGGGCUGCCCGCCGCGCAGCGCCUGGCCCUGGUGGUCAAGGGGGGCCGGCUGCACGAGGAGGCUGUCGCGCAGCUCAGGACGCACCUGGAGGACUCGGGGACGACGUGCAGCGCACGGGCAGCCCCUCCAAGGCCGAGCCGCAGCUGCGGCAGCUGCUCUGGCAGCUCUGGCAGCCGCCGCUGCCGCCUGGCUUCGAGGUGCCCGAGGAUUGAGGUCGCGGUGGCCAUGGCCCUGGCGCCGGCGCUGCCGCCGACCUCCACCGCUGGUGGACGGGGCGCCCGUGGGCCGGGCGGCGCGCGCGGCCCAGCGCCGUGCCGCGCGCGCGGAGGCGGGAGAGUGGCGUGA